AGUACCAUCUGUAGGUUAACCCUAGGCAGGUGCAAUACUGUCUUUGUUUUGCGUAGUUUAAAAUAAUUGAACAAACACCGAGGCAGGGCUGUGAUCUAGCUGAGAAAGUUUUAUAGUCUCAUGCACCCCUACAUCCACCCUGGCUUCCAAGUGAUGAAUUUUCAAUCCCCAGAGCAAGUUCUUGCAGCGGAGCAGCUCCCGGUGCGUUGAACAAGGCGCUCGGGAACAGAUCUGCAGAAGCCCAGCGUACUGCACUACCCUUGCCGCAGCUAAAAUGAUAUGAUUCCAACUCCCAAAAGGCACGAAAUGGGUAAAGCGGUUGCGUCCUGGCUGAAGGCUUGUCGGAUAGGGCCCAUGCACAUGGUGGAGGAGCUACGACCUUCCCCCCCGUGGAGUGGCGCUGCAGGCCGGAGUCCGUAGCCGCGUGUGAGCUAAGCAAGCUCGGGCGGCUCUGCACGAUGCACUGUACCGUAGUGGAGUACAGCGGCUGGAAGGAGGGCUACCCGUGUGGCUACUGCGCCUCCGCCCAGGGGAAAGUCUCCACUGGCAUGUGGGCGCAUUCAAUGACUGUUCAAGAUUACCAGGAUCUGAUAGACAGAGGAUGGCGAAGAAGUGGGAAGUAUGUCUACAAGCCCAUUAUGAAUCAAACGUGUUGUCCUCAGUAUACAAUAAGAUGUCGACCUUUACAUUUUCAACCUUCCAAAUCUCACAAGAAAGUUCUAAAGAAAAUGUUGAAAUUUCUUGCUAAAGGGGAUUCUUCCAAAGUGGCUGGUGAUGAAGAACCUAUGGAUUCCCACAGAGAAGACGCUGUUGCUUGCAGUUUUGUAUUAAAAAAUGACUCUGACAUCAGUCAAUCUGAACUGAAACCUCUAAGUGUGGAGGAGACGGAGAGGGUGGAGACUGAAGAUAAUAACGAGGAGGAGGAAAUGAAAAAAGGAGUAACUAUGAAGAAAGUGGAGUCAGAGCCUCCCCAGACAUGUGUGGAUAAAGACAGCACAGGAUCUGGUGAACGAUCAGAUUCAGCUAAACUUGUUCAUACAACACCUAAACCAGGAAAAGGGGCUGAUUUGAGCAAGCCGCCCUGUCGAAAAGCUAAGGACAUUCGGAAGGAAAGAAAAUUGCACAAGCUUCUUCAAAACCAGCCACACACACUUGAAGGCUCUCCAAGUCAAGUGGAACCUCAGAUUUUACUCUCUCAAAACUCUAAAUCUAAAGCGAAUCAACCUAAGUCCAUUGAAGACUUCAUUUUUGCCUCCUUACCUGAUGAUGCCACACAUCAGUUAGAGGUGAGGUUAGUACCUGUCUCCUUUGAAGACCCACAGUUUAAUUCAUCCUUCAGCCAGUCAGCUACUUUAUUUGCCAAGUAUCAGAUGGCUAUACACAAGGAUACACCUUCUGAAUGUGGCGAGUAUGAGUUCACAAGAUUCCUCUGCGAUUCUCCACUUGAGGCAGAGAAUCCUCCCAGCGGUCCUGAUUGUGGUUAUGGUUCUUUUCACCAGCAGUAUUGGCUAGAAGGGAAGAUAAUUGCUGUGGGUGUAAUUGAUGUUCUUCCAUACUGUGUGUCCUCUGUGUAUCUGUACUAUGAUCCUGACUAUACCUUCCUAUCUUUGGGAGUCUACUCUGCAUUAAGGGAAAUUGCUUUCACGAGGCAACUUCAUGAAAAAGCUUCUGAGCUGUGCUAUUACUAUAUGGGUUUCUACAUUCAUUCAUGUCCUAAAAUGAGAUAUAAGGGUCAGUAUAGGCCGUCUGACUUAUUGUGUCCAGAGACAUAUGUCUGGGUACCCAUUGAGCAGUGUCUACCUACACUUGAGCACUCUAAAUAUUGUCGCUUCAACCAGGACUUAAAAGCAGUUGAUGAAGGUUGUAUUAAAGAGCUGGGCCGAGUUCGGGUUCUUCACAAGAGAACUGUAAUGCCUUACAGCAUGUAUAAGAAAAGACGGAAGGGGCCAAGCGAUGAAGCCAGCGUUCAGCAGUAUGCAAGUUUGGUGGGACAGACAUGUUCAGAAAGGAUGUUGUUGUUUAGAAGUUAAAGAGUUAUUAAAUGGCUCUUCUAUGCCACUAUAUUUUAUUGCACUGCUGUUGGAUGAUAAAUAAUACAGUUCUGUAUGACUAUUAAAAUAGAGCAGUAUAAAAUAUAGAUAUCUGUAAUAGGCUAUUAUGAAUACAUGCUAGUAUGCUUACAAGCAAAAUCCGUUAACACUUCAAAUGAUUUACAGCAAGGCUUCAGCAAUAUGUGGAGUGUCUUAGCUAAACUUGCUUGCAGGAAUUUUUAAAAAUUGGGUACUUUUGGCCUUUCUUUGCAUUCUGAAUACCUUGAAGUACCCAAGUGAACUGAAUACCAAAUUAUUAUUUUUUUCUGUAGAGGCAAAGGUUAACUGUAACUCUCCUCCAGAUGAACAAUACAUCUGUUAGAAAAUCUCUCAUAUGGCUCCCUAGAAAUCUGUGAUUAAAAAUUGUAGAAGUUAUAGUGAAAUGUGUGUAACUCUUAGGUUUGUACAUGAACUAAUGCAAGAGACUUGAAGUGUGCAGUUACUUAAUACAGAAUGCUACACUAUUAUAUCAUAGUUUAUUACCAUGUAAUGUAAAUGUAUACGGUGGCUCAUAAUUUCACUGGAACCAUUUUAUGUUAUUUUUAAAUAAUGUGUAUUACAGUGACGGAGAUCACACUGAACUUGGAAAUUAGAUUGAUUUCUCAGUGAAAAGGGUGAUAAAGUUUUGGAAAGCUUUCCCCUUUAGAGAUGAAACUGAGUAGUUCCAUUAUAAAAUUACUAAAGAGAUACUGCUAAGUGGUACAGUGCGUAAAUAUGCUAGCCUUUUACUUCUGAAAAGGGUUCAUAUUGGAAUGUGGAUCACAUGUGUAACUGAGUUUGGUAGCUAGCUCAUGCUUAUGUGUACAUAUUACAAAACCAUACUCAAAAAACACCCAGGCCUUGACAUGAAGUACCACUGCUAUUCCGCACUGAGGUUCAUUUGAAGAAUUGUGUGGGGAAGCUUGCACAGCACCUACCUAUUCUGUAGGCCUUAUAGCUAAGAGUGUUAGCAUCCCUGGCCUUCAUUUACACUGCAGCCACUCAUAGGAUGACACAUUUCAUUUUAUUUUUGAAUAAAUAUUUGUACUAGUUUAAAAAUUCAAGAGGUUGUGUUGCUUUAUUAUAAGCACUAUAUUAUCUCAUAUAUUUGAAUAUUAUGUGUGCUCUUUUGCCAUCUUUGUGUCAGUAUCUGCUGAUAGAACCCAGUUUUUAGAUAGAUCAUCAAUAGGUUGCAAUAUCAUAAAACUGCACACAUUUGGAGUUUUGUUAAUGUUUUUGCUAAAGGAAUCAGUACUUAAACUGAAUCAGUUCGAAGUUACAUAUUAUCCUUUCAAGAAAGUGAUUCCUGUUGGGAAAAAAAGUGUCUUUAGGUGCUUACACUCUAAUGUACAUAACCUGUGGAUUUAAAAACCAUCUUCAAUCCUUUAGGAACUUUGAUUUAAUUUUAAAUAGGAGCCAUGUACAAACUUUGGCACUAAUGAUAAUUAAUUGGAAAUGGAACAAGAAUAACUAAUUGAGGUCCAAGCAAUGAAAUUCAGGAAGCCAUUUUUUCUUCCGUUCUACUCCCCAUUUAUGAUGAUCGUAAUAUUUGGUUUCAAUUCAAGUUCAAGAAUAUUUUUGGGAACUCUUGUAUUUUACUCAACAUGGUUACUGCAUUGGUCUAGUCAAAGUCAUGUGGCAAUAAAGAAAUGAUUAUAAGUGUUAGCAUCACAUCAAAAGUGUGAUGGUCAAGCAGUUAGAAUUCAGAGGUAGUUUCCAUAUGCUGUAAUUCACGUAGUUUAUCCAUGAUUCAACUGAUAGUAUUUUCACAGAAGAAAUACCUACAGUCUUGUUUUUCAAUGUGGCCUAAACAGUUGAUUUCUUUCUAAAGAGGAAAUACUCUUCCUACACUGUGUUAAUGCUUCGAGUGAUGCACAGUGACAACACAAAAUAUAACCUUUUUAAUACUUUCUACCUACAAAAUAUAUUGAAAUGUAGUAAUAUCCAAAAAUAACUUUUAAUGUAAUAUACAUUUAUACAAAUUGAUCAGAAGAGCAGCAGCUCCCAGGGGUCUUGGUAUUAAAAUGCAACACUAUGGAUGGUAGGCUUCAGACUUACCAGGUUUAUUUUGGUUUGCGGACACUUGCGCAUUUCAUACUAAGGCCCCUAAUUGUCUGGGGUUAUUCUUUUGAAGAGCAGAGCUCUUGCUGUGCACUCAAUUAACGGAGGCACAGAAGGGUACAGAGAUGAUGCUCAAACUUAGGAUAGGCUUUUCCAAAACACUCAGUGUUGGCCUAGCUCUACUCCCCUUGAAGUCAUCAGUUAAAGCUUGCAUUAAUUUCAAAGGGAGAAGAGCUAGGGUAAUGCUGAGUGCUUUUGGUCCCAUCCUUAAUGCCUCAGAUAGAUAUAUUAGGUUGGUUUUUUUAAUUAAAGAAUGUUACAAUUCUUGGAAAGAUGCUUUGACCAGAUAUUCAAUUAAAGAAAUAUGAGUUAUUUAACCAAUUGAAAUUUGAGGACUGUCAGGCUUGAUGUUGCCCUGUAUAGUUUGACAAGAUAAUGUACUUGUCCAUUUCCUAAAUGAACACUGAAUAGGUGUCGCCGCUCUCCAAAUUUCAUUUCAAUUGCAAUGCUAUGGCUAUGUGGACUUUUGUAUUCUUUCUGUUAAACUUUACCACUUAGUUCAUCCAAUCUAAAAGACUGAGAUCUGAUUUAUUUUUUCUUUUCUGUUAUUUCAAAGGAGAUUAUUAAUACAGUAUUUGUCAGCACCGCGCACUCUACUCUUGUUUUGGAAAUGUUAAAAAAUACCUAGGGUGAAAUCAAUGGGAGUUUUGUCGUGGACUUCAGUGGGACUGGGAUUUCACCACUAGUCAUUUUUAAUUUAGUAUGAUGUCAUGUCGUUGAGAACUACUUUAAUUAGAAGUUCUGAAUUUAGGAAAAAAUAUUUUAAACAUUACUUUUUUUUCAGUGUCAGUAAAAGCUGGAAAGAAUUACUCUCCAAAUGCUAGGUUAAUUUUUUAAAAAUCUGUGUGGUUUCUAAAUGAACAGAAAAAAGUCAAGAAAAUGCAAAAUGAUGGCAAAUACUAAUAGAAUAUUUAAUUUUAAUUAGAAUUAGCUGAGAAGCAUAUUAAUUUCCAUCAUCAACAGACUUCAGCAAAUGUAAAGGAAAGACUUGCCUGCAUGUUGAGUUUAUUGUAUUUGUAACUGCUUUUCAGCUGGUCUGCUUGACAUUUCAAUACAAUAAAUAAAGUGAUUUCCUGUUU